AUGGAGUUGCUUCGACUGUCCAAAUUCAAGCUUCAGCUUCGAACUCUAGUCACCGAAGUUCGAGAACUCAGAGAAAGAGAACGCUCGGUGACAGAGCAACUUCAUUGUAGGAUUCAGAAACAGAAGCAAACAGAGGAAGAAUACGCCAGGAAGUUACAUGAAUUGCAGGCCGAAUUAUCUUCCUCCAAUGAACUGCGGCAAAAAUUCGAAAGAAAAGUGAAUUACCUUCAGAAUGACAAUGCUUUGCUCGAAAACAAGCAAAAAGAGUUGAAGGAAACUAUACAGAAUCUAGUCCUGUCAAAAGAACUUUUCGUGAAUGCUUAUGAUGAAUCUACGAGUGAUUUGAAGCGAUCAAUUCAUAUCAGGGAUAGAAAGCUCAGUUUUCUAUCUGAGAAGCUGAAAUCUCAUUUAUCAUUAUUUGAUUCGAUAGAAAAGGAGGCAUUUUCGGUAAAGCAAGUUGUGGAUAAUGCGCAAAGGCUUAUGAGCGAAAAGGAAAACGUAGUGGCUGACUUGAAGAGCAAAUUGGAUAAAGUCUCUGCACUUGAGAAAGCAUUUGUUGAAAAGAUAUCUGAUCUGGAACAGAAACUGAAAUAUGAUGAAGAUCAAAUUCAGAGAAAGGAUGAAGUAAUUGCAGAGCUAGAAGCCCAGCUGGAGGCAGCAACAAUUAGUACCGCCUGUCAAACUCAGAUAGACGACAUAUCCAAAAUUUUAUCAUCCAAAGACAUGGCCAUACAGAAUCUAAUUCUGGAGAAAGAGGCGUUGCACUUGGAACUUGGGAGUUUUAGAAUUAUCAUAAAGAAGAUUCAGGACAACUUUGCAAAUAUAAACGAAGAGGAUAAAGCAAAAUUCUCCUCAGUACUUGAAUGCCAAGAAGGAUACAACAUGGAUUUGACAAAGCAUGAUAGGUAG